AUUCGUCAAAUUUAUUUCUAAAAUGUGCACCACCAGCAGUUAUUUCAAUUCACGCCAAACAAUGAAAAAUAUCCAUACCAACAUUGCAUAACAAGAAUGCCGAGAAUAACGCUCGAACAAUAUCAGCACAAUAAUUCCCUGUGAAUAGAAUGACGCAAGACUGAUUCCCACGUGAAAAUGGCUAGUGAACUUGCUGAGGGGAUUUUGGAGUACGUGGAGAAGAAUGGGGAUGUAAAUUCCCUUGAUUUAGUGAACGUCUUCAAGGAGGAUCAUCAGAAGAUCAUUGGAGCUGUCAAAAGUCUAAAGACACUGGAUAAUAUUAUUGAUGUUGAACAAGUAAGUCAGAAGAGAUGGGAGCCAACAGCUGAGGGAGAACAUGUAAUCGAGCAUGGGAGCCACGAGGCAGCUGUCUACAAGGCUGUGCCAGAGGGUGGCAUCCUCCAGGCUGAAAUAAUGAAGUCAGUUCCAUACGCUAAAGUUGGAUUCUCCAAGGCCAUGGUGGCUGGAUGGAUAAAGCUGGAUAAAGGCAGUGGUAAGCCCACAGUAACUAGGAAUGUCCCCUCCAUCGAGGACACAACUCAGGUGCACCUCAAGAACAUCGAGAGCCUCUCAGACAGCAUCAGGGCUGAGUACAAGAAGAGAAAACUCCUGCAGGAGAUCGUCAUCAAGAGUGUAAUCGUCAGGAAGGGGAUGAACUUCGUUACCAAAAUCGAGAAGCAGGAGGCUGACCUGACUGCUGAUCUGCUAGUCAAUAAUUCGUGGAAAGAAAAAAAAUUCAAACCGUAUAAUUUCGAUGCUCUGGGGGCAGCGCUCGAUGUUGGACAUCUUCACCCACUCUUGAAAGUGAGAACAGAGUUCAGGAAAAUAUUUUUGGAAAUGGGAUUCACAGAAAUGCCAACGAAUAAUUUCGUUGAGUCAUCCUUCUGGAACUUCGACGCCCUUUUUCAGCCUCAACAGCAUCCAGCUCGUGAUGCCCAUGAUACUUUCUUUAUAUCAGACCCAAAAUUAACGACGGAAUUCCCUCAAGAAUACCUGGAGAAGGUGAAAGAGGUCCACAGCAAUGGGGGGUAUGGAUCAGAGGGAUACAGGUACUCCUGGAAGAUAGAGGAGGCCCAGAAGAACCUUCUGAGGACUCACACGACAGCUGUCUCGGCAAGAAUGCUCUACAAGCUCAUGCAGGGUGGGGAAUUCAGGCCGGUGAGGUACUUCAGCAUCGACAGGGUCUUCAGAAACGAGACCCUCGAUGCUACUCAUCUGGCCGAGUUCCACCAGGUCGAGGGAGUUGUCGCUGACUACAAUCUAACCCUCGGAGAUCUCAUUGGAACUCUUUAUGAGUUCUUUAAGAAGCUGGGGAUCGAUAAGCUUGAAUUCAAGCCAGCUUAUAAUCCAUAUACUGAACCGAGUAUGGAAAUCUUUUGCUUUCACGAGGGGUUAGGAAAGUGGAUUGAGAUUGGGAACAGUGGGGUCUUCAGACCGGAGAUGCUCUUGCCUAUGGGUCUGCCAAAAAAUGUGAAUGUCAUCGCCUGGGGAUUGUCCCUUGAGAGACCCACGAUGAUCAAAUAUAAAUUGAAUAACAUUCGAGAUCUUGUCGGGCCCAAGGUGGACCUACAGAUGGUCUACAACAACCCCAUAUGUCGUCUAGAGAAAGUCGCAGGCAACUCCCAAAGAGACAAUAAACGUCGGGAGAAUGAAAUAUCCACAACCGGUUGUUGGGAUAAACCCUGGAUGAAGAUUGAAAAAAUUGAGAAACAGCACCUCGUAAUCUUCUGCGAUCCUAAACAUCCCAUUCUGUGGCUCGAGGCUUUCAUCAACUUCACGAAAAACUCCAUCAAGACUUCAGUAACGACUCAUCUCCAUUCAUCAGUUCAUAAAAUUCCUCUCGAACUCCAGACCUUCUGUUCGGACUUCAGGAAUUUCCAGGAGUCCACUGAUCUGUCGGUCAUCUUUAUCUGGAAAUCAAACGGCGUCGAUCCUCUCUUGAAACUCGAUGGAAAUCGAGAAAUAUUCGGUCAAGUGAACAUUGCACGGUAUUUUAAUCGACUGGUGGAGCAGAUCAAUCCAAAUUUAUUGAGGUACGAGAGCAACGGGCCACUCUAUGCCAGUAAAAUUGAUGGGGCUCUCGAAAAAAUCCACAAUGCCCUGCAUCAUUCCAGAGUACCAAAAUUACGUGAAUCUCUUAAAUCGAAUUCCCGAUAUACCUUCGAGGAGUUAUCAAUAGUCGAUUUGAUACUAGAAGGACAGAGAUGAGGAAUUCGAGGGGAUACAAAAAAAAUUGUAAUUUUGUACUGAUAAUUAUUACAUUUUUUUGAAAAAUUCA